AUGCUUCAGCCAGAGGAAGCAUUUGAAGCACUUGUUGCUGAAGGGGAUGCACUAAAAAUAUAUAGCGAGGCGGAUGACACUAUUCCCAGCUCACCAACUACAAAAUCAAUAUCUCCACCAUCAACGGCCGUAAAACUACGUCGCUAUGUCAAUAAGAUUGAAAAAUCGAUUGACGGCCUUUCACGCCGUAUAAAAGUGGUUAAUCAAGGCAGUCUCACCUUGGCCAAAUUAGGCGAUCUACACCGUGAGAGCUUUGCCAAGGUUCGUGAUAUAGCAACGCGCAAGAAUCAAAAAACUACAAAGCGCCAAGUCAAAGCGAGUGGUGCACUCUAUGUAAAAGAUGCGAAUCGCCUCAUAAAACGCCGUCAUGAUGGGGAUUUGUUGAAAAUCUAUAAGAGCCAUGUCGUUGGCGUGCCGCAGCCGAUGGAAGAAGUGGCUUCAACAGAGCCUCAAAACAGCGGGUUUUUCUUUGAUACUCAGGGAGAUAGGUGA